AUGGAAGAACUAAAACUUAUUGUUGAAGAAUCAAAGCCAGACAUUAUUGCAUUAACUGAGAUCCUCCCAAAAAACACUCUAUUCGAUCCUUGGGCAAGAAAUUUAAAUCUAGAAGGAUACAAUCAGUUCAACAACAAAGAUAAAGAUUUCCGCAGAGGUGUAGCCAUCUAUAUAAGGGACAAUUUAGACGUAAUCAGUUUGGAUGACGGGUUAAACUAUCAAGAAGCUGUAUGGUGUAAAAUAACACUCAACAAAUCUGAUUCCCUUCUAUUGGGCUGCGUGUAUAGGAGUCCCAACUGUGAUGGAGAGAACUUCACUCAGCUCAGUGAACUGUUUGGAAAGGCUAGUUCAACCUCUCAUUCUCACCUUCUUAUCUUGGGAGAAUUUAACUUGAAGGAAAUCAACUGGAAAGAAAAUACUACUGAUGUCAACGAACAACAUGUAUCUUCAAAAUUCCUAGAACUAACCCAUGAUUUCUUUUUAUAUCAACAUGUGUUGCAUCCUACAAGACUCAGGGAGGGGAACAUUCCAUCAGUUCUAGACCUCAUUCUAACAAAUGAAGAGAAUAUGAUUGACAGUCUGGAAUAUAAAAGCAGUAUUGGACCUAGUGACCAUCUAUCGUUAGUUUUUAAAUUUGUAUGUUACACCGAAGACAAAGUUGGAGAAAAACCAAGACUAAAAUAUUUUAAAGCUGACUAUGCAAUAAUUAGGGAGGAGCUUUCAAAAGUAGAGUGGGGUGUCAUGAAUAUUAUGGAUCUUACCGAAUUCUGGGAAUUCUUUACUGAAAUAAUAUCUAAAGUUGUUAAGCAAAAUAUACCAGUGAGUAAAGGACGAACGGGAAAAGGAAAGGACCACCAUGUUCUCGACAGGAAUACUCUUGAAGCAGUCAAGAUAAAAAGGAGAAAAUGGAAAAAAUAUAUACACUGUAAAACUGCUUCAAACUUCACAUCCUACCAAAAAGCAAGGAAUUUAGCAACAAGGGCUAUUCGAAACAACACCUACAACCAUGAGGAAUUACUAGCUAAUAAAAUAAGAAUUGAACCGAAACUAUUUUGGAAAUAUGUCCGCAACAAGGUCAAGACAAAAGAGAAGUUAACUCAACUGGACAAAGGGAAUGGAGAACUCACCAAGAAUGACCUAGAAAAGGCCGAAGUCCUAAAUAACCACUACGCUAGUGUUUUCGUAGAUGAUGGGCAAGAACCACUUCCCCAAUUCCAAGAUCACUCCCCUAAUAGGGAAAUAAGCAGGAUUGAGAUAUCAGAGGAAAAAAUAUUCAAAGCUAGUGGCAGGCUAAAAGUAAACAAAGCGGCUGGUCCUGACAACAUACAUCCCAAAUUCCUAAAGGAGACCGCAGACCAAAUCAAGAUCCCACUUAAAUACAUCUUUGAAAAAUCAGUAGCAGACAAUUGUCUUCUGAAAUCCUGGAAACAAGCUAAUGUCACACCAAUUUUUUAA